GGGAAGCGGAGGUGGGUGAGACUGCGGGGAAGACGUGAAGAGCGUGGAGGGGCGGGGAGGGAGGAAAGCUGGCGCAGAGAUAAAGGGGUCCAGGCUGGGCGCGAGUACCUCACACUCGCGCUCCCCUGUCACCCCGCCCGUAACAUGCGCCCUCACGUCUGGGCCGGGGCUGCCCCGCCAUGGCUGGCUCUGCCCCUGCCAGUGCUGUGCCUGCUGUGCCUGCUGUGCCGCUGCUGCCUGCACGCUGAGCCUGGGGAUGGCGUGAAGACUUGGGCUCGCUUCUCCCGCGCUCCAUCACCCGAGGCCGCUGGGUUCCUCUACGACACCUUCCCCGACGGCUUCCUCUGGGCAGUGGGCAGCGCUGCCUACCAGACGGAAGGAGGCUGGAGGCAACACGGUAAGGGCGCCUCCAUCUGGGACACCUUCACCCACCGCCCUGCUGCUCCCCCGAGGGACGGACAGCCCCAACUCCCAGUCCCGUCCAACUCCUGGUCAGCACAGCCAUCUCUGCCACCGUUUCUGCCCCAUCCCGCCACUGGGGACGUGGCCGGCGAUAGUUAUAACCACAUCUUUCGCGACACCGAGGGGCUGCGACAACUCGGGGUCACUCACUACCGCUUCUCCAUCUCAUGGGCUCGCGUGCUGCCCAAUGGUGGCGGCGUGGGCGCAGGGCCCCCCAACCUCGAGGGGCUGCGCUACUACCGACGCCUGCUGGAGCGGCUGCGCGAACUCCGCGUGGAGCCCGUGGUCACCCUCUACCACUGGGACCUGCCCCAGCGCCUGCAGGACAUCUACGGAGGCUGGGCUAACCGCACCGUGGUGGACCUCUUCAGGGACUAUGCAGAGCUCUGCUUCCGCCAAUUUGGUGGCCAGGUCAAGUACUGGAUCACCAUAGACAACCCCUAUGUGGUGGCUUGGCACGGCUAUUCCACGGGGAGACUCGCUCCUGGUGUGCGGGGCAACAAGCGGCUCGGCUACCAAGUGGCCCACAACCUGCUCCUGGCCCAUGCUCAAGUCUGGCAUCUCUACAAUACAUCUUUUCGUUCAACUCAAGGAGGGCAAGUGUCUAUUGCACUUAGUUCCCACUGGAUCAGCCCUCGAAAGAUGACUGAACACGACUUGAAAGAAUGUCAAAAAUCUCUUGAUUUUGUAUUGGGUUGGUUUGCUAAACCUAUCUUCAUUGAUGGUGACUACCCUCAGAGCAUGAAGGAAAAUCUUUCAUCUCUUUUGCCAAAUUUUACUGAAUCUGAGAAAAAUUUCAUCAAGGGAACAGCUGACUUUUUUGCACUUUCCUUUGGACCAACCCUGAGUUUUCAGCUCUUGGAUCCUCAUAUGAAGUUUCGACAAUUAGAAUCACCAAGCCUGAGGCAGCUCCUUUCCUGGAUAGACCUUGAAUAUAACCAUCCUCAGAUUUUUAUUGUGGAGAAUGGCUGGUUUGUUUCAGGUACCACCAAGAGGGAUGAUGCCAAGUACAUGUAUUACCUGAAAAAGUUCAUUAUGGAAACUUUAAAAGCCAUCAAAUAUGAUGGAGUCGAAGUCAUUGGUUAUACUGUUUGGUCCCUCAUGGAUGGCUUUGAAUGGCACAGAGGAUACAGCAUUAGACGUGGAUUAUUUUACAUAGAUUUCCUAAGUCAUGAUAAGAAGCUGCUGCCAAAGUCUUCAGCCUUGUUUUACCAAAAGCUGAUAGAAAGAAAUGGCUUCCCUUCUUUACCAGAAAAUCUACCCAUAGAAGGGACAUUUCCAUGUGGCUUUGCUUGGGGAGUUGUUGACAACUACAUUCAAGUAGAUACAACUCCGUCCCAGUUUAAUGAUCCAAAUGUUUAUGUCUGGGAUAUCCAUCAGAGUAAAAAGCUUAUUAGAGUUGAUGGGGUUGUGACUUCGAAAAGGAAGCCUCAUUGUGUGGAUUUUGCUGCCAUCAGGCUCCAGAUUUCUCUGCUUCGGGAAAUACAUAUAACUCAUUUUUACUUCUCACUCAAGUGGUCACAGAUUCUUCCUUUGGGGAACCAAUCUCAAGUCAAUGAGACAAUCCUACAUUAUUAUCGUUGUUUUGUUAGUGAAUUAGUUCGGGUCAACAUAACACCUAUUGUUGCUUUAUGGCAACCAACCACUGAGCAUCAAGGUCUUCCCUUUCUUUUAGCUAAACAUGGAGGCUGGGAGAACCCUCUGAUUAUUAAUUCUUUUGAAGAAUAUGCCAGACUGUGCUUUAAAGAACUUGGCCAGUAUGUCAAGUUUUGGAUUACAAUGAAUGAGCCUCAUAUACAGAAUUUGACAUAUAAUGCAGGGCAUAAUCUUUUGAAGGCUCAUGCACAAGUGUGGCAUUUGUAUGAUCAAAAUUUUAGAAGAUCUCAGAAAGGUAAAAUAUCAAUAGCCUUACAGGCUGAUUGGAUAGAACCAGCCUGUCCAUUCUCACAAAAAGAUAAAGAAGUAGCUGAAAGAGUUUUGGAAUUUGACAUUGGCUGGCUUGCUGAGCCCAUUUUUGGCACUGGGGACUAUCCACAUGUUAUGAGAGAGUGGCUGAAUCAAAGAAACAAUUUCCUUUUGCCUUAUUUCACUAAAAGUGAAAAGAAGUUAAUCCAGGGAUCAUUUGAUUUUCUUGCUUUAAGUCAUUACACCACUAUCCUCGUGGACUGGGAAAAAGAGGAUCCAGUGAAAUAUAAUGACUAUCUAGAAGUUCAAGAAAUGACAGACAGCACAUGGCUAAACUCACCAAGUAGGGUGGCUGUGGUCCCCUGGGGACUGCGCAAGAUGCUUAACUGGUUUAAGUCGAAGUAUGGAGACAUCCCUGUGUACAUAAUAGCUAAUGGAAUCGAUGAUGAUCCUCUCAGGACACAAGACAAAUUGAGAACAUAUUAUAUACAGAAUUAUGUUAAUGAAGCUUUAAAAGCCCAUACAUUGGAUGGUGUCAGACUUUGUGGAUACUUUGUUUAUUCAUUUAAUGACCGCACAGCUCCCAAGUUUGGCCUCUAUCAUUAUGCUGCAAAUCAAUUUGAGCCAAAGCCUUCCAUGAAUCAUUACAGGAAAAUUAUUGACAACAAUGGUUUUCCUGGUCCUGAAACUCAGAGAAGAUUUUGUCCAGAGGAAUUCAUCUUAUGCAAUGAAUGUAGUUUUUUCCAGACUCGAAAGUCUUUAUUAGCCUUUAUAGCUUUUCUACUUUUGGCAUUUAUUGCCACUCUUUCCCUAAUUUUUUACUACUCUAGGAGAAGCUAAAGUAAUUAGAAAGAGUUCUGGAUUUUUUUUUUCAAUCAUCCUGUUGGGAAUUCUGAAGAAAUUAGGCACAGUAUUUGCUGUUAUUUUUGUAGUCAUUUGCAUACUCAGAUAUUGUGAAAGUGAUUACACAUGACUUCUACAGUAAAGCAUUCUUUUUGUGCUGUGUAACAAAAAUUUUGUAAGAGAUGAUUGUUUUCAAAAUUUUGAAUUUGAAUAUCCCUUUUCAAAUUUAGUAAUUGGACUACCUUUUUUCUUUGGAUAAAAUCUGAAAUGUAAAUUUAAAAAUAGAGACAAUCAAAUCUAUUAAAAUUAAUAUAAUUUUUAAAGGCAUGAAUUAAGAGGAAGCCUGCAUAUAACAUGCACAAGGCUAUAGAAUGGUAGCUUUUCAUUGGAAACAUUCUAUCCAUUCAUCCCUAUUCCUAAAUGGAACUGUUUCAAACAGAAGAAAAAUCAGAAACCUUUUGAUUAAAAGACUGGAACCAAAUUACUUGACCCCAGUUCAACACCACAGUACAUCAUGGCAUAGACUUCUUAGCUGAUCUGAAAAUUUUCCAUGAAAAAAUUGAUUAAAAAAUAUAGAACAAUGAGGGGAAAAAGUGCCUGCAAAUUUGAAAAACAUGUAAUUUAUCCUGAAGUAAUACUGAUAGUUACAAAGUUGGUAUAUAUUUUUUAUUGAAUAGAACCAAAUCUUAUCUUACUUGUAAUAGGGAAGUAACAUGAAACAUAGUGCAUGAAGUGUAAAAUUUAGAAUGACUUGGAAACAAAGAAUCAGGAGAAGAGGCUUAUCUAUAAAUAAUUAGCUUUAAGUCUAAUGGUCACAAGAGAUGAUUUAUUGUAAAUUUUUCAUAUUCACCUCAUGAAUGCAAGCCUGGAAAUGUGAGUUUAUCUUGCCUGCAAGGAGUAAGAGAAUUCCAAGUUUCAAAGAGCAUAUCAUGCUGAGUUUAUGUAAGUUCCAUAAUUUGUAUUUUUAGUGUAGAUAUUUAAACAUCACAUGACUAAGUAGGCUGAAUCCUAAGACACUGGAAAACUGAACACUAAGGGGUUUGGAUAUCCAUAUCUAUAUAUAUGUAUAUAAAUAUAUAUUUGUGUAUAAAAGAUAUAUUAUAUAUUAUGUUAUAUAUAUUUUGUUUUUGCUGUUAAUCAUUUGGAACUAAUCUUUAAUUAGCUCUUGACAAUGUAAAUUUUCAGUGAAUCCUAGAAAUGAAUUUGAAUUUUUCUCUGUACUUUAACAUCUUUUAAAUAGGACAUUUAAAUUUUAUUGCUAUUUUACAGGUACAAUCUUACUUAAAGUGGUACUGGACAAUGUCAGGCCUUAUAUUUAGGUCAUCUGAGUUAUGUCAUGUUUAUAUUCUAUUAAUCAAAGCUUUAAGGAACAUUAUUUGACUUUCAGUAUAACUGAAUCUAUGUAGUAACAGAAUUAUAUUGUAUUAUAAAAUA